AUGCUAGUGCACGGCACUGGCUUCUUCCACGUUUUCAGAUACGGUCUGACCUUGCUCUGCUGGCUCACUUCUUUGCCUUGGACUGCCGCAGGGGCAUUUGACUGCCCAAAGCAGACGUCCGCUUCCGCACAGAGCGUGGAUGCCGAGGUAGGCCUGGAAGUUCAACUACUGCAGACGAAAACCAGCUUGGAAUCUCCUCUUGCUCGUGCCGGAGAUCAUGCCUGUUCGGCUGGGUACGGGCCAGGUAUGCACGUGGUACAGCUCCCCAGCAUUGAGAGACAAUUUCUCUUCCUCGUGCCCCCGGAGCUCGUUCACAGCAGCUCAGGGGUCCCUCUCGUGAUGUCCUUCCACGGCACUUUCGAGACUCCAUGGUUCCACGAAAAGGAGGUUGGCUACAUGGAUGUGCUGUCACGCCACGGCUGGUUGGGAAUUCUGCCCUGGGGGACACUACCGGACAGUCCGUCGGCCAUGGGUGGAGUGAGGGAGUGCUGCUCCAGGUGGUGCGAUUCCGAAGAGUGCUGCAUGCAGGGUGGUUUCGUUUCUGCCAAGACCGAAGCUUGCAGUUGGUGGUCCUAUGAGAGGGACGUAAAACUAGUCGACACAAUCUGGAAUUGGGUGGAGGAGCACACCUGUGUGGACCGGACCAAGGUCUUCGCAGCCGGCUUCAGCUUGGGUGGCAGCUUUGACUGGUACUUGGAAUGCCACCGGAGCCAGUAUUUUCGUGGUGUCGCACCCAUUGAACCCGCUGAACCACUUGUUUUCAUGAAAGAGAGCUGCCCAGAGCCUUCUGCGAGGCCAGUCUCCGUCCUGAGCUAUGGUGGAACGCAAGACCCCCACGUCGACCUCGAGAAGCUUGCCCGCAUGACAGAGCAGCGGGCCCAGGCCUGUGGAUGCCAGACAGAAGUUGCGGAGCAGCUCUCCGCCACCGUGAACUGUACAACCUGGUCACAAUGCAGCGGUGGACAUCUUUUUGAGUUCUGCGUCGUAGAUGGCAUGGCCCACAACAUCCCUGGACAUCUGAAGCCGGACCAGACAACUUUCAUCCGUGCAGCAUCUGACGUUGACUGGACGAAGCGCACGUUUGAACGUUUCUCGCUACUAGUGCAGCCCGGCCAACUCCUCUUCUAUGCCCAGCCAACUGCAGAAGAGCUCGAGUGGAAGGACGCUCAUUGGCCUCCUCCGAAGCUUACAGAUCAUCAGUAUAUACGAAAUCCAGGCACGCUUUGA